AUGGCUCCCAAGAAGGAGCGUUACAAUGCAGCAGCCCGCUCCUCCACCGCUGGCGGUCGCACGCACAAAGGCAAAAAGGCCUCCAAGAAGAGCGCAUACGGCAGCAGAUCAGGCGAAGGUGCGCAGCAUGAAGGUACGACCUCACCGAUCGGCGGCAUGCUCGAUCCCAACGCGCGGCUGAUCAACCCGGCAGCCUACGAAGCUCAGCGAGCAGCAGAGGAAGCGAGGAGGAUCGCUCGAGCGGCUCCGGCUGGCAUGUCAUCGAAGAAGCGCAAACGAUUGGAAGCGUACAUUGCAAAAGGUAUGGCCAAAGAUCGCAAGAAUGAUCUCUUGAAGAAGCUGAGCGAGAGCUCGGCCGAAGUGGGAGAUCGUUCACUCUUCUUGUCCGCUUCCACCUUGGGUACGGGUCGAGCGAGAAGCGGAGCAGAAAGAUUGGAAGGGAUCAAUGAAAAGCAAGAGAGAAAGAGGAGGAAGAGAGACAUCAAAAUGGGAAGAAUAGCAGAGGGUGAUCGAAGCGAUGAGGAGCCAGAAGACGAGGAUGAAGAUGCUAUGCUGGACGGCAGCAUACAUCGACCUACAGGAGAGCAGCUGGACGAUCCAGAACGGCGUGCCCGUAUCAUGCAGGCAGCGAAUCGUUUCAAACCGAAGGUGGAGGAGGGUCCCGCCUCGACAACUGCCCCGGAAACCGAAGCGGUUCCAUCGAGGCCAAGUCAGCCCGAGAUGCCCACCUCACUGGGCUCUGCGCUUGCUCGAGGUCCAGAUGGUCGACCGAUCGCUCACGCUCCAAUGCGAAAGCGACAAAAGAAGCGCAAAGCCAAGACGCCGACCCCUCCACUCGAAAGCAGCGAAUUUGACAGCUCAGAGAGCUCGGCUUCGGAAGCGGAGAUCGGAGACGAAGCUUCCGUGAACCUCCACGAUGCUAGAUUCAAAACGGUUCCUCGAAAUGGAAGCACCGCAGAACAAAGGGAUAGCAAUCAAAGCUUGCGCAAUUUGGAUGACCGCACACUGAUUGCGGCCAUGCGCGCUCGCGGUAUGGAUCCUGCCACUGUAUUUGGCAGCGACUUCGAAACACCUUCCGAGGUCGACGAGCACGACUCGAAGGAAGAGUUCGGCGAAGAUGCCGAUGAAGAUUCAGAGGAGGACUCAUCUGAUCUCGCAGAUGGGGAUGUGGGCGAAGGGGAGGAGGAGGACUCUUCAGCAUCAGUUUGGGAGGGAUUUUCAGAUGAUCCGACGCCCGAAGCGGAGUCUGCCUCUUCAGAAGUCCCCAAUCCAAAGGCAGAGGAAGCUCUCAACCACACUUUACUCGAGCCGCCAGAGACACCUGCAGAGCCAAGUAGACGAAGAGGAUUUAAAGAGUGGGCUCGCGCAGCUCUCGGGCUGGGCGCAGAUCCUCGAGCGAAAGGCGAAGAAGGCGCGUCUCUGUCCAAUCCUGCCCAGAAUGACGGCCCAUACAUAGGCCCGGAACCUAUAAUGGGGCUCACGCAAAAGGUCAAGGACCUGAUGGACCAGGAUGAGCGGCCCCAAGGUCCUUUAGGUGCUGCAUCGUCUGAGCCGUUGACUCCAUUCGCGGCAAGGUAUGUGGAGGAGUCUAGCUUAAGCACAGUGGCGAUUCGAAGCGUCGACGUCAAACGUGCCGAAUCGAUCGACGAAAGCAGACGGCACCUCCCUAUACUGCAGGAGGAGGACCUGAUCACGCGAACAAUCAUGGAAAACAUGGUCACCGUGCUGUGCGGAGAGACGGGUAGCGGCAAGACGACGCAGGUGCCCCAAUUCCUGUACGAGCUCGGCUUUGGCACGCGGGAUAGUCUGCAUCCCGGAAUGGUUGGCGUCACGCAGCCUAGAAGAGUCGCUGCGCUGUCCAUGGCGACACGCGUUGCCAACGAGUUGUCGUUGCCGCCCACCAAAGUCUCGCAUCAAAUCCGUUACGAUGCUACCGUCUCGCCCACCACUGCCAUCAAGUUUAUGACAGACGGUGUGCUGCUUCGAGAAUUAGCCGGUGACUUUUUGCUCAGCAAAUAUAGCGCGAUCCUGAUCGAUGAAGCGCAUGAACGAUCUGUGAAUACCGACGUUCUGAUUGGAGUGCUCUCGCGAGUGGUCCGGUUGAGAGCGCAGCGCUGGAUCGACAAGAAGCCUGAUGCCAGGCCUCUAAGACUGGUCAUCAUGAGCGCCACCCUGCGCGUGGCAGACUUUGCAGAAAACACGGUUCUUUUCCCAACCCCGCCUCCAAUCAUCAACGUCGAAGCGCGCCAGCAUCCUGUGACCGUGCAUUUUGCCAGACGAACGCGACACGACUACUUGGAAGAAGCUACCAAAAAGGUCAUCAAGAUCCAUGCGAGGUUGCCGCCAGGAGGUAUUCUGGUCUUUUUGACUGGUCAGCAAGAAAUUGUGACCGUCUGUCAAAGACUUGAAAGGCGCUUUGGCAAAAAGGCGAUUGAGGAGCGGAGGAACAAGCGUGCAAGGGACCGUGAACGAUUCAAGCCUUCGGCUCACGGCGCUGACGACGAGGACAAUCUCUUUGAGGAAAGCAACGUCAAAUUUCACGCCAAGGAAGGCGAUGUCGAAGCUGAAGAAAUGCAGCUAGGAAUCUCUAACCCCUCCCAGGCAGCGGGUGGGGCGGGUGACCUUGCACCAGACGUCGAUGACGGUGUAUUCGAAGACGACGAUGCUCUCGAGACUGAUGACGGAGCAUCUGGUGUGCACCCCACUUCAGAAGCCGACCUGCCUCUGCAUCUCCACGACGAUACCGACGUCCCGUUGCACAUCCUGCCGUUGUACUCGCUCUUACCAUCCCACAAGCAAAUGCGGGUAUUUGAGCCACCUCCCGAGGGCACUAGGCUCUGCGUAGUCGCCACCAAUGUCGCUGAGACUUCUUUGACCAUUCCAGGCGUCUCAUACGUGGUAGACUGCGGACGUUCGAAAGAACGGUCAUACGACGCUACGACCGGAGUGCAAAGCUUCGAUGUCAGAUGGAUCAGCAAAGCAAGCGCUGCUCAGAGAGCCGGUCGAGCAGGACGUACGGGCCCCGGUCAUUGCUAUCGCCUCUACUCGAGCGCGGUCUUUGAAGACACCUUUUCAUCCUUCUCUCUGCCAGAAAUCCUGCGAACGCCCGUCGAAGGCUUGGUGCUUCAGAUGCACGCCAUGCACAUCGAAACCAUCGCCAAUUUUCCCUUUCCGACGCCGCCGAAUCGCCGAGCUUUAAGUCGAGCUGAAAGGAUUUUGCUCCGUCUAGGCGCCCUAGAGAUGGUAAAGGCAUCUGGACCAGGACCAUUAGAGAAGCCUCGGAUCAACGACUUGGGCCGAGCUAUGAGCUUAUUUCCCCUCACACCUCGCUUUGCAAAGCUUUUAGUACAGGGUCAACAGCACGGCUGUCUCCCUUACAUCGUGGCUCUAGUAGCUGCGUUGAGUGUAGGAGACCCAUUCAUGCGUGAGCAAGCCCUCAAUGAUCCUGCAGAUAAACAUGGCAGCACCGACAAGGCCGAGAAAGAUGACCUAGAUGGCUUGCCUGAGGAAGCGCGGCAUCUCACAAGCGAGCAAGCAAAGGAAGAUGAACGACGCAAGGAGCGCAGGAAACUAUUUUUUGCUGCGAUGAACAAGUUCAGUGCGCUUGGUGGCGGUGCGAGUGAUACUUUCAGGCUUCUUGCUGCGGUCGGAGCCUAUGAGUACGAGCGCGGAGGUGUAGCCUUCUGCGAGCGAAACUUCCUCAGGUCAAAGGUGAGUGAUUUCAAAUGCAUCUAGCUCUACCGAAUCCGUGCUCAAUAAGUCGACUUUCGUCAAUAGGCGAUGGAAGAAAUUCACAAGCUUCGCGCACAACUGUGCGCGAUCGUGCAGUCACGCGUAGCUCCAAGUGCGGAGGUCAGGUCGCUGUCGAAUCCGCAGCUUCCGCCGCCUACAGAGACGCAGCUCAAAGUUUUGCGACAACUGCUGGUAUCUGCAUACGUCGAUCAAGUAGCUGUGAGGGCAGACUUGAUGCCAGAAGCUGCAGCUCGCGUGCUGUCACUGGCAAACGAAGGCACCGAAGCUGGCCGACAGUACUCUCAUCAGCGACGAAAAGGAGCGAAGCUGACGUCUACACGAGGCGUUGCGUAUCUGGUGCGAGCAGCAGCUGGUCAAGCGUGCUUCAUUCAUCCAUCAUCGACACUUUUUCAUGGCGCACCACCGCCGUGGAUCAUCUUUGACGAGAUGCACGUCUCCUCGUCAAAUAAGGAGAAGGUCUGGCUAAAGAUGUGCACAAGGAUCAACCCGGCGUGGCUCUCCACAUUGGCUCGCCCCUUGUGCUCCUUCUCAAAACCUGCAGAGCCGUCUGGGGGCACGGCAGCGACGAUCGCUGCUGCUGCCAGGCUGAACGCAGCAAAUGGCUCAAGCGUCGACGUUCAAAGGGACGUCGUGGUGGUGCCCACUUACGGCACUGGACCGGCUUGCGAGCCCGAUGAAAGAAACUCUGCCCCUGGUUGGGAGUUGCCGCCCACCAAGGCGGUGCAGAGACUUGUCAAUGGCCGUUGGGUGACAAACUUGCCCUAG